UGCGGUUCCCAAAGAGCCCCUGGGCCCCGCGGUUCGGGGCCGCCGCUGGCCGGGAGCUGCUGAGCCCAGGGAGGGCUGCGGUUCCCCGGGCAGCGGAGCCGGAGGUCACUGCCGUGCCGCGGUGUCACCUUGCCCCAGUGAACUCCGCUGCUGUCUGCAGGCGGUUCCACGCCGCACCCGCUGUUGUGCAAUGAAAUGAAACUAAAAAUAGCCCCGCUCCCUGCAGAACAGCACCGGGCUGAGGCGGCAGCGGCCGAGGGCUCCAUCCAGAGAGCGGCUGUGGGCACUGCGAACGCUCCGUCCUCCUCCUCCUCCUGCAGGGAGCGCUGCCCCAUCUCUCCCAUAGCCUGCACAGGGCUGGGCUCAGCGCUGCGGGCCGCUGGGGAGGAGGAGUCGUCACCCAUCCUUCGGUUGUCCAACGUAACCCGAAUGCCGGCAGUGCUCGGCUGCCCACGGGGCCGUGCUCCGGCUCUGCAUCACUGCAAAGCAGCUCUGGUUUUCCUCUCUUAGAGCUCACCUUUUUGGGGUUUGCUCUCCACUAACGAGAACGUGUGACUCAUUUUAGAUCUGCUUGGCUGUUCCCCCCGAUGUUCCCCCUGGCUGCAGGUGUCCUUGGAGCAGAGCAUCUGGAGCACUCAGCAGCGUCAUCUCGUGCUCAGUCACUGCUGAGCCAUUCCUCUUUUUAUAGGUUGGCCAGAAAUCUGUGCAGCCAUUGCUCCCAGGACAGCCCUCACGCACUCCUACUGUGCUCCUGCAGACCCCAGCAGGAGCUGGAAUGCUGCUCCACCCUUCAGAAGUAUCCAGGGAUGAGAAUCCUCCACAUCUCUCUGCCUCCCGCAGCCCAUUCAUUGCCCGUUCAGAGCCUGUUGACUCACGGAGGUGGCACAGACCGAACCUCCAAGCUGCAAGGCAGAAAUAGGUCAGCUCUGCCCAGAAGCUUUUGGAGCGGAUCCGACAGCUGCUUCCCCUUGUGACAGCAGGGACACCUGCACGAGGGAGGAGGAAGGAGGAAGGAGCAGUGCUCCACUGCUGGCACAGGGCAGGAGUUGGGAUGGAUGUGAGUUACAGGUUACAAACUGCGGGGGAGAACCUGUGGGUUAGAAACCUCGUGAAGUGAUGAGUGAAUGGAUUCACAUGUUAGGUUAGCAGGACCAAAGGGAUUGAGCUCUUGUUUGUUGGCCUUUUUUGUUUUCUAAGGAGUGCGUAGGAUAAAGUUUAGUUUACAUAACACAUUGUUCUUUGACAGCAGAGGUGAAGAGAAUGGGGAGAGAUGAAGGCAGGAGGUCAGGAACCCUCAGUCCUCCUCAGACCCCUGCUGGGGGGUAGCAGUGCAGCCUGUCCCACGUGCCAAGCCAUGGGCAUCUCGGGCUGGGUUCAUAGAAUCGUAUAAUACCAUCAUAGAGCCACAGAGUCAUGGAAUCGUGGAGCUGUAAAACCAGAAUCAUAGACUCAUAGAACGGUUGGGCUGGAAGGUCCCUUAAAGAUUACAGAACCAUGGAAUGCUUGGGUUGGAAGGGCCCUGGAAGAUCCCAACCCUUGCCUUGGUCUGGUUGCCCCCCACCAGCUCAGGCUGCCCAGGGCCCCAUGGGGAGAUGCUGGGGGUCGCUGGAGUGCGGUGGGGGAUGCGCAGCCCGGGCUGUGACUCUCAGCUUUUGGCAGCGUCCCGGCAGCGGUGGGUGACCAGCAGAGGGCCCGGCUCUGCCGCUCCUUUAUCCUGCCCGGAGCGCACCGCAGCGCCCACAGCAGCGGCCGCAGCCGGACCGAGCGGAGCUCCUCCGGCCCCUCCUCGUUCCCCGCAGCCCCGGGGCUGCUCCGUCAGACGCUUCCGCAGAGGGUGCGGAGGACAUCAUGCCUUCGCCCCCAUCGCUCGUCCUCCUGCUGCUGGCACUGCCGGGGGCCGCGGCGAUGCCGGGCGCAGCCGGGCGGUACGCAGAAGGCGGCGUGCGCCCAAACCAGGGCGCAGGUGGAGGUGGGAUGCUGCCCGUGGCUGCGCGGGAUAGCGCGGAGCUGAAGGCGCGGCCGCGUCGGGGCACGGUGGAGGACUCCAAGUCGGUGCAGCAGUACGUGCCGGGGGUGCGGGUGGAAUUCCCGCGGCCCAUCAACGCCGCCAGCCUGCACCCCACCAGGGCCAUGGUGCCAUCCAGCACCGACCCCUCUGAGCAGCAGCGGGGGGUCCCCACGGAUGGGGGGGCUGAGCCCGCCGCCAACCUGACCACGGUGUCCGACAAGAGGCUGCAAAUCCAGAACCCGCUGUACCCGGUGACGGAGAACUCCUACAGCGCCUACGCCGUCAUGUUCCUGUCCCUCAUCGUCUUCGCGGUGGGCAUCAUUGGGAACCUCUCGGUGAUGUGCAUCGUGUGGCACAACUACUACAUGAAGAGCGCCUGGAACUCCAUCCUGGCCAGCCUGGCUUUCUGGGACUUCCUCAUCCUCUUCUUCUGCCUGCCUGUGGUCAUCUUCAACGAGAUCACCAAGAAGAGGCUGCUGGGGGACAUCUCGUGCCGCAUCGUGCCCUUCAUGGAGGUAUCAUCCCUGGGAGUCACCACCUUCAGCCUCUGCGCCCUGGGCAUCGACAGGUUCCACGCGGCCACCAGCCCGCAGGCCAGCGCCCGGCCCAUCGAGCAGUGCCAGUCCAUCAUUGCCAAGCUGGCCGUCAUCUGGGUGGGCUCCAUGACGCUGUCGGUGCCAGAGGUCCUGCUCUGGCAGCUGGCUCAGGACACGUCGCCCGUGUCCGGCGUGGUGACCGAGUUUUGCACCAUGAAGCCUUCGUCCAACCUGCCCGAGUCCGUCUACUCGCUGGUGCUCACCUACCAGAACGCCCGCAUGUGGUGGUACUUCGGCUGCUACUUCUGCCUGCCCAUCCUCUUCACUGUGAGCUGCCAGCUGGUGACCCGCAGGAUCCGCGGCACCGAGAAGAAGGCCGAGUGCCGUGGGACCAAACACAGCCAGUGUGAGAGCCACUUGAACUGCACCAUCAUCGGGCUGACCAUCAUCUACGGGCUCUGCACCACCCCCGAGAACGUCUGCAACAUCGUGGUGGCCUACAUGUCCCCCGACAUGUCCAAGCAGACCUUGGACCUGCUCAACCUCAUCAACCAGUUCUUUCUGUUCUUCAAGUGCUCGGUGACGCCCGUCCUGCUCCUGUGCCUCUGCAGACCCCUGGGCCAGGCCUUCAUGGACUGCUGCUGCUGCUGCUGCGAGGGCUGCGGUCCCGACGCCGCCUCCAGCGAGGGCAGCGCCGACAGCAAGCUCAAGACAGAGAUGUCCUCCUCCAUCUUCUUCGACAAGCCCCGGGAGUCCCCUCCGCCCCUCCUGGCUCUCGGCACGCCGUGUUAAGUGCCAACCAGGAGCCGUAGAGAGCAUUUCACCACCUCCUCCCAAGACCAAACGUUGUUUUUGCCGUUAGUGCCCCGUGCCCGGACGUGGAGCAAGCAGGAGAGUCAGCUCAGGGGCUGCACCGUGGGCUUCAAACCCCGUGUUGGGCAAGGGGUGUCCUGUCCCCAUGGCUACAUCAGUGGCCUUCUUGCCUCUGCCCAAAGGACAUCAGCUCCCUCUGUGCCUGGCCGGGCUGGGGGGUUGCUGCUCUGCUGAUGGAGUUGCGCAGGAAAGGUCCCAUCUGCUAUUAAGGAGGGUUUGCAGAGGACUUAGCAAACACAAACUGCCCUCGUCCUGUCCCAUCCCCUCCUGCCAGCCCCCUCCACAGUAGGAGAAGGUCCCAGCGACCAGAUCCCAGCAGUGCCCUGUAAGAGCUCAAUAAACCAGUAAACUAGAGCACGUCGUGCACGUAGACAUGCAGAGCAAUGGGGGGUCAGAGCACGGUGGGUUGUGUGACCCCACGCUCUUCCCUUAGACUUGGGGGCUCUGGGUGGGCACGGGCAGCUCAGCGGGGUGAGGACACAGGGGGGUCAGGAAAGCAGUGCUGCUGAGUGCCAGGGCAGCCUCUGCCGAGCUCCUCCAAGCUCUCAGUGCUUUGUGGGGCUUGAGUUGGUCCCAGCAAAGCUCAGCACUGGGCAGCGGUGCCCUACAGCCUGCAAAGCACCGUGCAGAACCAAGAUCCCACAUCUCAUCCAAAGAGCCCCACAUAACACUCCCGGCUCCUUGUCCACUCUGCCCAUCAGGGGCACAAAACCCACCCGAGGUGCCGACCUCAAACCAGCACACGUUCCAAACCCAGCAUCCACGUCUCACCAGGGCUCUUACCAAGGCAGGCUGCUGGGAGCAGCGAGGGCAGGCUGGCCGUGCCGGGCCCCCCCGUGCUGCCCCCAGAGCCGAGCUGUGAAAGCUCCUUGUGUGUGUGGCUGGCAGCCGCCCCAGCCCGCGGGAUGCCGGGGAGAGGGAGACGGUUGCUACGGGCGGGUGAAUGCGAGGGGCUCACUGUGGGCUUUGUGCAGCAGCACCCACCGAGCUUUGCUUUCUCAGCCCUGUUGCCAGGGAAACAAAAGCCCCAGUUUUCUUUCCAGUAGCACAAAACCGAGUUUUUCCUUUCCCUCUGCCAGCCCUCCCCGUGUUGUGCUGACGAUGCUGGGGCUGUGGGGGUUUGGGAGCACCUCACAGCACAGGGUGUGUACUGGGGCACAGACGCCUGGCUGGGUCCUGGUUAGGGCACGGUUCCCCAGGGCUGGGCCCCCUGCACAGGCAGCAGCGUGGUGGGAGGAAGGGCGAGGUGGCCGCUCUCAUGCGCUCAGUGCCGCUCCGUCCUGAGCCCCGGCCAGGGGCGAACAAAGGCCGGCUUGUUGCCGCGGG